AUGUAUGGCCACAUCCAUGUGAUCAUCAAAGACUUGGUCAUCUCAGAGUUCAGUGAAGAGAAAUGGGCGAUGGUUUUACAUGCCUCUGGCUAUGCAGAUGCUGAUGUCUUAGACACGGUCCCACAUCCAGAUGCGGUCACCUUUAGCCUCUUGACCAGCCUGUGCAUGAUCACUGCUUGGUCUCCCGACGAAGCUGUGGAAGCACUGGGGCACCACCUCAUCGUUUUCUCGCUGCGCUCUGGGCACCAGCGCUUCUUGAAAGCCCAGGGAGCGACGUUACCCAUCUUCCUGCAAAACGUCAAUAGCGUCCAUCGGCAACUGGAGCGCGAGCAUCCAGGGGCGACCUUUCCUUUUCUACACGUGCGAUCUGACCAACCGGACCGUGCUGAGCUCCGGUACUUCUCCCCGCGUCGGGGCUUCGGGCGCUUUGUGGUGGGCGUGGUCCGGGCCAUUGGGGCUUAUCUCUAUGGGGUGGAUGUCAGCUUUGAGGAAGCACCUAUGAGCCCGAUGUCUGGACAAACUUUCAUGCCAGCCAACCUUCAAGCCAAGUCUUGGAGGAUGUCCUGGUGCCCAUUGCCAGAAGGAGCUGAGAAAAUCUGGGCGCGACCGCAGGAUGCGAGGUCCCCGAGCGAGGCGGGGCCGCAGGAGGCGUCGAUGCCCUUUGCCGCAUUGCACUCUGCUAUGAUGGAUAUCCAACGUUUGAGCAAGAUCUUUGGUUGUUCCAACGUGAGUUGCGCUCCUUCGAACUCACAACUGGUGCAAAGGAAGUUGGAGGAGCUGUCAACCUCGAAGAUGCCGGAGGAGGAUUUGCUCAUGCGAAGCACCACAGCCAAGACCAUCGCAGCAGCAUGGAGCGACAUACACCUUUGCCAAUGCACUCGCUUUUGGGAGACAUCUGAAGGGCAUGAGGAGGACUACCAACUCUCGCAAGAUGCACUCUUCGCCGACGGAUUCGUGAGCCACUGCUGGGCACCCCCAGAUGAUUGGGAUGAGGUCAUGGGAGAGGAGGUCUCUUAUGCGGAAGUGAAGGCCACCACCUUAGCAGUCAUGGCGAAAGACAUCGCCCUCGGGCGAGACAGGUCUCUGUCAGCGUGGGGUUCGAUCACCUUCUGGGUCGAUAAAGCCUGCAUUCCACAAGACCAUGAAGACCUGAAGGCCAGGUGUGUGAAUCUCUUGGAGAAGUUCAUCCUCAAGUGCGAGUACACCUGUGUCCUGUUUACCUGGAACUAUCUGGAACGAUUGUGGUGUAUCUAUGAAUGGGCUUGCUUCUUGAUCAGCCAGGACUUCAACAAAAUCUUCCUGCAGACUGACGUGUUGGUACAAGAUGCGCUGUUGCCCUUGUAUUUGGACUCCGUGCGGAACUUUUCGUUGAAGAAAGCCAAAUGCCACAAGGAAUCUGACAGGAAGCUGCUUGAACAGAAGAUCCACCGUGAGUACGUCUCGGAGGAGGCCUUUGAAAAGCUCAUGCAGGCCACUGUGAUCGCAUUCAUGGCACGUUCCAUGGCCUAUCCCGCUGGCCGCAACCCUGAGCUUGAGAGGCGCCUGUAUACGCCAUGGGUGUCCUUAGCCUGGGAGCUGCACAUGGACGAUUUGGCCUUGGCCUUGGCCUCCUUCCAUUCCAGGGAGUUCCGCCGCAUGGCCUGCAGUGGGUCUUGGCUUGAACAAAGUGCCCCAGACAUUUUGGCCUUGCCGGACGCGAAGCACCUCGAAGAGCUUGCUGCGCAGAUCGACCUCCAUACAGUGAACAGUGUGGAGUACCACAACGUGGUUUUGGAGUGGUUUGGCUUGGAGGUGACCCCGAUCUUGAUACAGCAGAGAAAGCUGGCAUCGGCGGCGAGUGACGCAGACAGUGAGAGCACCUGUUUUGAUGUGACACACUCAUCACUUGGAGGUGCCCGUCAGAGCAGCUCGGAAGGAACUUCCCUGCUUGGUUGCUACUAA